UCCACCCAUUCCCCAGAUCCGAUCGUGGCACCCCGCCGCCCCCGCCUUCCUCUCCCUCGCUCAUCUUUCCCCCAGAUCCGAUCAAGGCACCGCCGCCACCCCUACCCACCACCGCCGACCUCUCCACCAUCUCCUCCCCGUCCCCCAUCGCUCCGCCAUCCACCUCGUCGCCUCCCAUCUCCUCCCUCCCCCACCAUCCCCUUUCGCCCCUCCUUCCCCACCCCCACAACAAGAUCGCCGACGCGACGACAGCAAUGGCGGCGGUGUACCGGGCGGAGGACAACCACGACUACCUCUUCAAGGUCGUCCUCAUCGGCGACUCCGGCAUCGGCAAGUCCAACCUGCUCUCCCGCUUCACCCGCAACGAGUUCACCCUCGAGUCCAAGUCCACCAUCAGGGGGGGUCGAGUUCGCCACCUGCUCCCUCUAUGUCGACGGCAAGGUCGUCAAGGCCCAGAUUUGGGACACUGCCGGCCGUCCCUAUCCCCGUCUGCUCGGCAACAGACAUAGCGUAUGCUUGACCAGCUCACUGACCUCCAAAGGAAGG